ACGUAAACCCCUCCGAACUCCAAAAACCCAAAACACAGCUACAACUACAAAUUAGUAAAUAGUCAUAUCUCCAUUCGCCGCCCAAAAAUGAGCGCCGCUUUCAGGAGAAAUGCUACCAUAACCCGCCUGCUACAGAGCCACCACCACCCGAUCACCGAUCCGACCCGAGCUCCGAUUCUUCUGCGCACCCAAACGCAGCACUCCAAAGCGUAUUUCCGGGUACCCGAUUUCAUCAGGAGAUCAACCCGAGAGUACGAGCACUCUUCUUCGUCUCUGUUCUCCUCGCGCUUCUCUUCUUCUUCUUCGAAAAUCGGGUUGGUGGGUUGGUACUUGGGUUGGAUCAAGUCUAGGCCAGUCUUAACGAAAAGUAUCACUUCCUCGCUUAUUUACAUAGCCGCUGACCUUUCCUCUCAGACAAUUGCACUGUCUUCUUCUGGAUCUUAUGAUUUUUUGAGGACACUACGCAUGGCUGGAUAUGGUAUGGUAAUUUUAGGACCUACUCUACAUUUUUGGUUCAACUUCAUGUCAAAGCUCUUUCCAAAGCGAGAUCUAUUCUCUACAUUGAAGAAAAUGGUCAUGGGGCAGGCACUAUAUGGACCUGCAAUGACUGUUGUUUUCUUCUCUGUGAAUGCAUUUUUACAAGGUGAAAACAUUACUGAGAUUGUUGCUCGAUUAAAGCGAGACUUACUCCCUACUAUGAUCAAUGGUGUAAUGUAUUGGCCCAUAUGUGAUUUUAUAACAUUCCGAUUCAUCCCUGUCCAAUUACAACCAUUGGUGAGCAAUUCAUUUUCAUAUCUGUGGACGGUUUAUAUGACAUACAUGGCAAGCCUAGAGAAAGCGACCACAAGUCCUAGCAGAUUGACCCAAUAAUGCAAACCUGUUUACUCAUCCGAAGUUACAGACCAUACUCCUGGGCUCCUAGCACAACUCCUGGUGGUUGCCCUUGGCAUCAUACAAGCCAAACUGUUUAGGUGGUUUUCCAGGGAUUCAAAUUCGAGGUCCAUGGUAAUCAUGAUUGAAGCAAUAGAUAAGAGCCCACUUAUAACUAAAAUUGAUCAGCAACCAUGUCUGUUCACAUGUUUGCAAUAGUUGUAAACCAUUUCAAAAGGAAUCCUGUAAUUUAUAUUGCGAACUUUUGUUUUUUGGGUUAUGUAAAGCAGUAUGUUGAUGUUA